GUGCUGUCUGUGGUAAAAGUGAGGUUUUGAUAGUCUUCGAAUUUGGGUAUCUCGCCAUCAGGACCAGUCCUUUAUAUGUCUUCCUCCCAGAAUGCCUAGGCCAUGCCGCAGCUGCCUCAAAUGGACACGACCGCAGAGCCAAUGCCUCCAUUCGCAAGGAGCCACGGUCCGAUGCCCAACAGACCGCCCAUGCCGGCGGCAACCAGCGGGUACUGCACGGCAUGUCCGCGAUUGGCCCUUUCCCUGGUCCGCGAAUCUCUCGACGGUCAGCCAACACGAAUGUUGUCGGGUUCUGCGCUGGCCGUCGCUGCGCAAGACAUGAAGUCGGAAGAUAGAGCCCUGAUUGGUUGGGCCAACGUCUCCCUGUGCAUGCCAAAAGCGGGCCGUCUGGGAACGCUAAAACGUGAGAUGAGCGCCCCACGUCGUCUGUGCCGUGGCACUGGGGAGGCUGCAAGGACGAUGCAAGAUUUGUCGUUCCCACUCCCCUCCAAGUUUGUUCGAUUAGCUCACCCCAGCAUCUCUGUCGUUGCUCACACCUCACCAGUCCAGCAUGCGCACCCGCACCCGCACACCCCCUCCUAGCUGGUCCUCGAGCCCCACAUACCUGAUGUCCGUCACUCUGCAGAGGGGCUCGAGCGCCCCUCGGUCAAUGUCACUCGCUCCGGCUGCCCACGCCUGCCCUCAACCCACCCCGCAGGGCUGCCCCGAUUGGGCCUCGGCUCGAGAUGCCCUAGUCCAGGCUUCGGCGCUGUUGCGAGUGCGCC